AUGAAUAAUGAUCCACCUUUAACAAAUUUACUUGAUAGCGACAAUCAAGAAACAUCAAUUAAAACUAACGAUGAUAGAAAUGAUCCAUUAAGUGCAUCGAAUAUUCUCAAUGACAAUGAUAAUCCUCCUUUAGAAAAUCGACAAAAUCAUCAUACAGGUAUAACCAAUACAUUAUUAUUAUCCGUCAUUGCGGCUAUUAGCGGAACCUCUUUUCAUUUUGGUUAUGCAUCUGGUGUUUUAAAUGCCCCACAAGAUGUGAUAGAAGCCUUUAUUAAUGAAACAAACUAUAGACGAGAGAAAACUGCAAAUAUGAGUCAAUCAAUUAUAACAUUAAUCUUUUCUUUAGCUGUAUCUAUCUUUGCUGUGGGUGGAAUGGUCGGUGGACUAUUUGGUGGUUUUAUUACUAAUCGAUUAGGACGAAAAGGUGGAAUGUAUUUAAAUAAUAUAAUAUCUUCAAUUGCAUGCAUAUUAAUGUUUCUUUCAAAACCUGUUUAUUCCUAUGAACUUUUAAUUAUUGGACGAUUUUUAAUUGGACUUGCUUGUGGUUAUGGUACAUCGGUUGCACCAACUUAUAUAAAUGAAAUAUCACCAAGAAAUUUACGUGGUACAUUAGGUAGUUCAUUCCAAUUGGGAAUUGUUGCUAUGCUUUGUGUUUCACAAGCAAUUAGUUUACAUGCGGUAUUAGGUUCUGAAGAUAAAUGGCAUUAUGCUUUAGGUUUACCAAUUGUGUUUAGUAUUAUGCAAGUAAUAUUACUUUUCUUUGUACCAGAAAGUCCAAAAUAUUUACUAAUUAAAAAAAAUAAUUUAAUUGAUGCCGAAAAAGGUUAG